CAUCACCCAGCAGUCGCGUUCAACGCGACUCUUAACCCAUCCGUCGCUCAACACUCGUCCCCCUGCUCAUCUUCCAGCUUCCGACUACAUUCUGGACUCAGCUUCAGCUACGAGCCCGCCACCACCUCUCUCCAGUAUACCCGCCGUGACCCCAUCACAGGCGCAAUUCGCCACUCAAUCCCACUCCGGCGUCGGCUCCGAACUGCUCUCCCCACGUCCCACUUUCCCCACCCCCACCGCCGAAGCCUCCAGCUCGACCAUGCCAGCCCAGCAAGUCCACGCCCGCCGCACCCCCCAAGCCGCGCGCAAAGGCAAGCUGGGCGGGCGCAAGCCCGAGCUGGUCCUCGACGGCGGCGAGGACCCCUCGCAGUGGCUCGGCUUCUCGCUACCCCCGCGCGCAUCGAAUUACGGGGGGAUGGCGGGCCCGCCGCGUCGCUCCCGCCGCGGCGACGCGUGGAAGGGCAGCGCGCUCACGCGCGAGAAGUUCGUCAACGCCAGCUUCCGCUUCAUGCUCAAGCCCACCGAUGUGGUGGGGUAUGGCGCGCACUUUGCCGAUCCCGAUAUCAGCCUGCACUGGCCGAACAUUCUGCAGGUGCUCGUUCCCACAUUUUCGGCGUAUUCCGUCGCGCAGGGGUUCGUGGACACGGACGCCGAUGACGACGAGGCUGGCGAGGAGGCCGCCGAGCGCCGCCGCCGCAUCGACGAGGAGCGUCAGGGCCGCUCGUGCCCCAUCUGCCUCAGCAAGCCUGUCGCGGGGCGGAUGACCAAGUGCGGACACAUCUUCUGCCUGCCGUGCAUCCUCCACUUCAUCGCGUUGUCGGACGUGCCGCGCGCCGCGAGCUGCCCCAUCUGCGGCGACACAAUCCAGGAAAGCAUGCUUAAGAGCGUGCGCUAUCUUGACGCCGAGACGAUGGUUUCAGCUGCAGAAGGCGAUACGGGCGGUGCUCCCUCGGCAGAGAACGCGGCGAUUGUCUCCGAGGCGCGCGCGAUAGACGAGUCCGAGGCUGCGGCUGCUGCGAAAGGGGAUGAGUCCCCCACCCAUCUUUCACACAACCGCGCACACCGCAUCCACAUGCGUCUCCUCCACCGCCCGCAGAUGACGACCCUCGCCCUCCCGGCGACAGCGACGUGGCCAUCUGAUGCCAUUCCACCCAUCAGUGCGCCGUGGUACUUCCUGCCCGACGUUCUGACGUAUUCGCGCUUCGCCCUCGCCUCGCCCGAGUACAUGGAGGCCGAGCUCAAGCGCGAGUUGGAGGAGCUUAGACACGAGCACAACCUACUCGUUGGCGACGAGCUCGGGCGCGCGUUCGUCAAGGCCGCGCGAGAGAAGGUCGAGAAACAGCUCCACAAAGUCCAGGACGAGCUCAUGACGCCCGCCGUGCGGAAACAUGAGGCUGAGGCACGUCGCGCAUGGGGUGACGCGGUUGGUGGCGAGCGUCGCGAACAGGAGCACCAGCGCCAGCGGGAGCGCCGGGCGGUCGAGCGCGCCGCGAAGGAGAAGGAGAACGAGGAGGACCUAAAUGUCCCGCUCGAGUUCCUUGCAGCAGGCUCGUCCGCGACGUACGGCAACGUCGAGAGCGUGCGUGUACCCCCGAACAUGGUCGUCGAGCCGAAUCCCAUGCCAAACCUCGACGCUCGGACCAAGGGCCAGCGGCGCAAGAACAGGGGCAUCGCUGCGCCACCAGUCUCGCCUGCGCCUGCGGCAGCGCCAGCUGCCUGCUUUUACCAGUCGUCGCUGGGUGCGCACGUGUACAUGAGUGCGCUCGACAUGCGCAUCCUGAUAACCCACUUUGGCUCGUAUGACAACCUUCCGCCGACUCUCUCUUUCCCAACGACGGGGUACGACUCGGCGACAGUGAACGAGGACCUUCGGAAGCGUACCAAGUACCUCUCGCACCUGCCUAUCGGAACCGAGGUUGUCUUUGUCGAGGCAAACCUGGCGGGCAUCGUCCCCUCGGACGUGCUCGCCAAGUUCGAACAACCCCUCAAGACGCGGCGGGACAAGCGUCGCGCCCGUACACGCCGGGAGGACCGCGACAAGAAGCGGUGGGAGGAGGCGGAGCGCGCCAAACGUCCGCCUGAGGUGCACGUCGUGCCCUCCGCGCUGUCGCCGGUGGACGCGGACCUCGCCCGGGCGCUAGAGCAGUCGCGUCUCGACGCGGAGAACACGACGCACUUCCCGUCGAUGGACAGCCCGCCGCGGCCGACGCACGUGCCCGCCCCGCCGUCGCCUACAAGCUCGUUCGCGAGCGCGCUUCGUGGCCCGUCGACGGCGCGUGCGUGGGUUCGGCAGGAGGAGAUUGACGGCGCGGGCGUCGACGCUGCGUGGGCCGGGUUUGGCGGCGAGGGCGAGGCGGGGGAGGAGGGGCGGAAGAAGAAGGGCAAGAAGGGCAAGAAGCUCGUGUUUGGCGGCGCGGGGAGGCAGGCAUAGGAGACAAUAGCAUUGAAAUUUAGAC